UAGAAAAAUACUACUUUUUUUGUAAUACAAGUUAAGUUUUCUGUAUAAGUGAUGAAAAACGAUAAAUUAACUGAUAAUAUGGAGACACAUAAAAAUUUACCAAAUUCAGCUCAAAACAUUUUAGCAAGAGUAGCCAUACCGGAAAAAAUCAUAAUAUGUUUAGAUGUAUGUAACAAUGAAUCAACGAUACCGUUACAAGCGCUAAAAACUGCUGUCGAAAUAUUUUUACGUUUAAAAGCGCAAAUUAAUCCACGUCAUGAAUUUGCAUUAAUUACUCUAGAAUCUACCAAGGCGAAAUGGAUACGAAAUUUUUCAAAUUUUCGAAAUAUUAUUAAAGCUGUACAAGCGCUACAAACAGUUCCAUUAGAUGAUACAUCCGAUGAAACGUUUAAUUUAGAUUCAUUAUUUGAAAUGGCAACACAAUGUAUUGAAAUACCACCAUUUGAUAAUGAAUCAGUGACACUAUUAUACCCACCGAAUUAUUUAGUACGAAUUAUUAUCUUAUACACUCGAUCGAAAUUUGUACCAACGAUUAAUGUUGGUGAAUUAUUGCAAAAUCAAUUAACAUCUCCGUACUUGUUUAUCGAUACCGUUUGGAUGCAUGCAGAAUCAAAUGAAGAAAAUAAAAUCGAAGAGAUAUCGAAAGCUUUCAAAUUUAUUCAAGAUAACGAUAAAUCAUAUUUUUUUGAGAGUGAUUAUAAUGUAAUUAAAUUACAAAAUAUUAUGGCGAAAUUGUUAGCGCAUCCAUUACAAAGAUCUUUACAAAAUAGUGCCGAUUUUAAAUUUACUGAGAUUAAUGAUGAAGUGAAAGAAAUUAGUGGAGAAGAAGGGAGUGAAGAAGCUUUAAAUAUUUUUGCUUGAUACUUAUUUUAAAUUUUUUAAAGUUUUAUUUUUAAAUAUUUGUUUGUAAGUGAUCGACGAAAGAUUUUUUAUUCAAGCUAGUUGGCUUUUUGUUCAAAAUUAUUAUUAUGGAACGACUGCACUCAUCUCGUUAGAAUAAUUAGGGUGAUCUACAUGAUUCAUGAAAUUUAAAUUUGGUUCAAAUGUUUUUCUUCCGUAACUUA